CCUUCCCUGGCCCAGCUUUGCAUCUCAGUCAUUUCUGCAUGAGCGCAUGAAAUGUGCUAACAUUUGCCGUGUGUCUGUCUCCCUCGAUACCAGCCUGAUUAACCCCCUCUCCUCCGUGUUUUCGUGCGGUCCCUUUGCGGUAAAUAAACAGCCACAUUCUUUCUCCCCUUUCUCUCGUUGUUAUAACGUCGCUGUCUCUCUGUUCAACCAAGAGACAGGAUGAGCUGGAGACAUGUCUAACGCUUCGACGACUCUCCUCGGGCGUCGUUUCUGGUCUUGCGCCUACGAAUCGGCGCAGACGUUGGGUCUGCGAGGGACAAUCGUUACCACUGCGACUUUGAGGAACGCCUGCCUGAAAACCAAUCAACCUGCUGUCGGCCCCUCCUGUUCCAGCGCGAAUACGUUCAAAAGGUCGAUAUGUUCGGGACCGCAAGACUCGUCCCCCCGAGCAAACAUCCAUAAUGCCCGACGAAGCUACACGGGCAGCGGCUUACUGCUGAUCGGGCUCACCACCAAUCUCGCGCCCACACAAGCAACUGUAUCAUGCGCCGCCGCCACCGAAUCUGCCACAAGCAGUGGCUCAACGAAGAAGUCCAGCGUCUGCCAACUAGCCCGGCAAGCAUGGCGACGAGGGAUACACAGCGAUUCGAGACAUGUUAGCCCGGCGGAACGGGGGCACCAUAACUCUAAGAGCGGGAAACAGGAGGAAAAGGCUUCGACGGCCCAACCGAAGCAAGAUGCGUCGAAACCAGGAGAGCAAAAUAAGUCAGACGCACCGGACCCCGAUGCCGAAUCGAUCGCAUCCACCAUGUCGAAAUAUCUGCACAUACCGAAGAUGCCACACAGGCCCACCCGGGACGAGCUUUUGGCCGCCGCAAACGGCUUUCUGGGUCGCUUGAAGGUUCGGUUCAAGUGGGUGUCCAUUAGGAGCAUGAGGCCGUGGAACAUUGACGAAUGGGGUGCGUUCGUAUCGUGGUUUCUCUUCGGCCACCUGGUCUGGGUUCUUGUCGGGACCACGACGUUCUUCUCCCUGGUCAUAUUCAGCAUCAACACCGUUUUUGCCCAGGAAACUCUUGCCAAAUGGGUCGGCGACUCUUUGACCGAAUCUGCCGGUGUCACAGUCAUCUUUGAGUCGGCCAUUGUUCCCAAGUGGGGAGAUGGCGUCAUCAGCUUCAAGAACGUGUUCGUAUCGCGACGACCAGGACAGGUGACAUCCUCAGUCAGCAAGGGAUCCUCCGAGAGCGCCGCAGCUAUGGCGGCCACCGGAAAGCAGACCGACCAGGACGGCCAAGUCUUGGAAGAAGACGACGGCAACUACACACAGUAUGACCUCACCAUCGCUACGGUAAAUGUGACCCUGUCCUUCCUGAAAUGGUGGAAUGGGAAGGGCUUUCUGAAGGACGUCGAGGUCAAGGGCGUUCGUGGUGUGGUUGACCGCACGUCCGUACAGUGGUCAGACGAGGUGGUCGAUCCCCUAUCCUACCGCCACACCCACGAACCCGGCGACUUUGAGAUCGAUUCUUUCAAACUUGAAGAUCUCCUCGUCACCGUGCACCAGCCCAAGGGCUUCCGUCCCUUUUCCGUGAGCAUUUAUUCCUGCGAAUUGCCACAGCUCAGGAAACAGUGGCUAUUCUAUGACUUUUUGUCGGCGACACACAUGUCUGGCUCGUUUGACGGCUCCCUAUUCACGAUCCAUCCCCGUCAGGUUCACGGCACUGUCGCUGGUGAACACGGCGAUAUCGCAGAAGAUGUGGGUGAGCCAUCGGCUUGGAAGAAGUUCAGCCGUUUGCGCAUCGACGGUCUUAAGAUCGAUCAUCUCAACCGAGGGGUCGAGGGCCCGUUCGGCUGGAUCUAUGAGGGCAACGUCGACAUCGUCGCCGACGUUAUGUUCCCCGCAGACCUUGAUGACGGUAUCACCAAGGUGAUGUCGGAUUUUUACGAUCAACUCGAAGACGUCGUGAUAUCGAAUCGUAUGCGUCUGCUUCAGAAGGACCUCCUCGCAACCACUGCGUCGGACCUAUUGGGCCCUACGCCUACAGAAGGCCAUCUUUCCCAAGCCGCGCCAGGAGACGCCGGGGAUCAAGCCCGGCAAUCUCUCGAUACGUCCGAUUUCUCCAACUCUUCCAACUCCUCAGAAGAGGACCGAAGGUACUUGAUUAUGGAUCUCAGGAUUCACAUGAAUGAUGUCAAGGCCGCUGUACCCCUUUUUACAAAAGACAUCUCAUACAUCAAUCAGGCUCUUGUACGGCCCAUUGUGGCCUACAUCAACGCCAAGAAGACAUACAUCCCCAUUACCUGCCGUAUCGUCAAGCGCGUCACCGACUUCGACGGCAGCUGGUCCAUCUUUGACUGCGGUCUCAUGGAUGACAUGUCGGCCGAGACCUACGAGGCAUUCGCACGCGAUAUCGAAGACCAGCAGAGCCGCGUCCGCCGGCUGAAAAAGGUCGGCUUCUGGACUUUAAGUCUUGCCGUCCACGCCCUCUUCAUGGGCAUGGCGGGCAACGUCAUUUAAAGGCCGUGUUUAAUAACCUCUCCUCUCCUGCUUUCUUGCUUCUUGCCCUCUACGCGAGCACGGCUGUCUUUAACGAGCGCAUGAUUUCAAAGACGGGGCGGGCUGCGGCGUUCGAUCUUGUAUAGAAGGGGGGACGGAACAACACUAUCAACAACUAUGUACAUAUAACAGACAAAGAAGCACAUCUUUGUCUACCAAGGGGAGUUGGGGCGGGGGCGGUUUUCGAUGGCCCAACGCAAUCCUUCUCCGCUGAGGUUCAUCUGGGAGGCAAGGCGUCUGCUUGUUACAACGGACAUACACAUACAUGCAGUAGGGGACGAGGCAAACAACAAAGUAAUUGAUACCCCUAUUUUGAACUUACCCACCCGGCUGGGCGUGCGUGUCUCCUAACAUGCUCCGACUUGCCAUGUUUAUGUACGACUAGCUUUUACGGGGACCACGACUGGCGUUUGUUGACAUGCCGCUGCGCGUUUAUCGUCAGGGAAUUGAGGUAAACAAUGCUAGUCGCAACAACAUCCCGCCCCAUUCCAAGCAUAGUUGUGGGCUUGGGGCAUGGGUAUGCAUGAAGACGGAGAUGAAGCUCGACAGUUCAUUGUGCCGAGGGCCUAUCUGCUCCAGCAGAUCAAUCAGAGUGGCCGUUACGGUGGUCAUAGCUUGGACGCGAAGUUGGUCAAUAGGAUGGUUAUGAGACUUGGGGCCCUCAAAGGUACCCCCGCCUUCAUAUCGCAGAAACCAUACCCUGUGUCCAGUGUCGGGCAUGGCAUACGCCUCGUUCUUUAUCUGGUGUGAACCCGUGCGAC